UCGUGCAACGCAUAAAGGAGAAGACCGGCUCCACUCAAGCGACGCACAAACGCCCUCCCUGCAUUUUCUGGAUUGUUUUAAAUAUUGCAGUGCACUUUAAUUACGAGACUGGGGGUUCGCAUCUGUGCUGUAAGGAAAGAAAUGAAAUACAAUACAUUGUGGAUUCCUGUCAUUUUGUCCUUUGUCAUUUUAACUUCUAGAGUUGGAGGAAGCGGAAUCCUUGAAGAUACAAAGAAUGACCACUCAAUGCCAACCUUUCAAAAUGUCAAGAAGAAUCCAUGUUGAAGCGAUGCUUCUUUGUCUUAUAGUGUGCCAGUGCAGGUGGUGUGAGGCGGUGGUAGAGAGAGGGGCCACCUUCAGAGUGAAAGUGGGAGACAGCAUCUCGUUUCCUGUCUCGCCUGAAUCUGACCACAUCUACACUGUUCACCGCUUUCUUAAAAGAUUUGCAGUAUUGGGAUGGCAUCAUCGAUCAUUAGUUGAUGUUAAAGAGCCAUAUAGGGGAAGGGUUAGCAUUGACAAUAAAUCAAUAUGGCUGCAUAAACUAAACCUAUCAGAUUCUGGUCCUUAUGAAGUUAGAACUGGCUCGAUAUAUGGCGGAUCUAUGCAACUGUACACAGACUUUCACGUGCAGGUUUUUGAGCCCGUCUCUAAACCCAACAUCACAGCAGAGUGCCUGGGGAAUAAUGUCAGUGUGAGCUGCUUCAGUCAGGGGACGAAUGUGACUUACAGCUGGGAAACUCUGCCCCCCUGUGGUGAUGACAGCUGUGUGCGCCUGGGCCAAACUAUACACCCCCUCCCUCCCUCCACAACAUUCACAUGCACCGCCUAUAACCCUGUCAGCAACGCCUCCUCUGUUUCUACACAUCUGGAAAAGUGCUCCACCCGAGGAUUACAAGGAGGAUGGAUUCCAGCCUUGUGCGUCACAUCAAUUGUCAUUGUCUUCGGAGUACUACUACUACUGCUGUACAUAGGGAAGAGUGGACCAAUUCAAGGGACACAGAGGGGCUGGAGCAUACAUUGGGCGAAAGGCAGGAACACACCCUGGACAGGUCGCCAGUCCACACUCUUACCCACGGACAAUUUAGACUCUCCAGUCAGCCGAACCUGCACGUCUUUGGAGUGUGGGAGGAAACCGGAGCACCUGGAGGAAAGCUACGCAGACACGGGGGGAACAUGCAAACUCCACAGAGAAGCCCCAGCUGACCGGCAUUCGAACCCAGGACCUCCUUUUCCAUUCCCCUCAUGCGGAAGUUAG